AUGGUUAGCCAGGACACCAAUGCACACAAGUUCCGCUUGAAGGUAACGGCAGGCGCAGACUACGACCGCAAGACUCAUCAAUUGGUACCUGUAAAUGGCGAGACAAUCCGAAUCGAAAACGAGCAUGCUAUUGUGAGUCUCUGCGUACGGAUCAAGAACUACACAGGCUAUCCUGAGAGUUCACCUUCCACAAGCCCAUACUUUGACGAUCCCCUGCACCAAAAAGACCUAUAUUCCAUAUGCUUCUCAAUUAUCUUCAAAGAGCCGGUGAACGGCAACAACCUUUACUUCGGCAAUGACUUCGAUCACCCUGUCCGCGACUUCCUACCUCCGGGAUUCAACACAGCACUACGGAUUGUCAAGUGGACCCUCGACCCUGGCCUAGACGGCGAUGUCUACGCUGAUAAGCCGUAUCUGUACAGCCCGGCAUUGGCAUCGUGGGACCAGUUCCGCAUUGGAGAUAAGGUGCGGAAAUCCGACGAGGUGCCAAAGCUCGAUGAUGAGAUUAUUGAGGAGGGCGCUUAUAGCAAAGAUGCUGCCAGUGUGCGUCACAAAUUUAACAUCCCUGAUACAGUCGAGGGACGCAGAAAGUAUUUCCAGGACGAGGCGAAUAGGAAGGAGUUUGAAUUUGAACCUGGGAGGAUGUAUGUUGCUGAUUUCGGAAAUCCUUAUUUGGCAUUCGAAGACUUCUCUGUCCGUCUUCCUGGAUUUGAUCUACCUAUCAUGAAGUACGUGGAUGAGAAGAACCAUGAGCUGCGGUAUACGCUCAAGGAUAUUUCAACCGGACGCGUGUAUCUUACUGUAUUGUUCUCGGUGGUCCUACGCGGAACGGAAGACGAGCAAGACCAUAGUAAGAGUGAGCAACGUGACGACAGUCUAGGGAAGUUUGACUGGGAGCCGGAGCCAUCAUCUGGCGAUGUCGAGUGA